GCUAUGGUUCUCAUGACAACGGGGUAAACGCUUGGGUUCUGGAGAAGACAGUUACCCCUUGUAGGCUGAUCGGGCCAUGAUGUCUGCUAUGAAAUUAAGAGGCCACUUGGGACUGAUUGAAUUAGUCAACAUCUCAUCUUCAGUGAAGACCUUCCUAGGACCAAGAAAAUCAUACAAGUUUAUUUACGAUCAAGAUACUCAAGAAAGCACUUUGACUUGUUCCUCAUUUAGACUUCUGGAGAGCCUCGAUUUAUCCAGUGCAGUUGGACAACUCUUCAAUGAAACAAUUCAAGCCCAUCAUAAAGCAUAUAAAACUGGUACGACAACUCUGUUUUUCCUUGUUGGAGUAUGGAGUAAAGCUGUUCUGGAAUGCCUUCACCAGGGAGUUCCUGUUUCAUUGAUUGUUUCAGUAAUGAUAGAAGGUCUAAACUCUUGUAUUGACAGUGUUGAGGCUUUACACAUACCACUCUUUAACAUACUUGCGACAAAUCAGAACUCAAGUCAAAGUUCAUCAGUAGUGGACGGAAGGACUGGUUAUGUUUCUAAUAAUCAAAAUCAUUUCUUCUCUUCAAGAGGAGAAAACUUUGGUCUUGAACGUCAAGGACACAUUGCCAAAACCAUAAAGCAUGCCGAAAUUACUGUGCCUAGUAAAGGAAAUUUAUAUAGUCAAAAAUUCCAAAUGAGGAAACUGUCUAGUAGUAGACACUUCUCAAAAAUAAGAAAUUUUCAGAAUCCUUCACAAACCAGUAGACACAGUUUAGAAAAUCUGACAAAGUCUUUGAGUCAUGGGAAUGGGGAGAUAAUGGAACUUGUAGAGAAGGCUGCUACUCUUCUGUUUGAAAAUGCUCAUGAAAUAUCUGUGACCAAAGAUCUCUUUCAGGCUUCCUGUCUUAAUAUUUGCUUUUUAAGAGGUCUAUCAGAUGUGAACUCAAACGCUACCUCUGGAUAUGUGACUUUUCUAACACCAGAGUAUGCUACCAUUGUCCAAGAUUUAGAGGGCAAACCUUUGAAAGUUCUACUUUUGGAUGGCGAACUGACAGAAAACUACAGACAUCUGGGCUUUAAUAAGGCAACUGGUCUAAAAUCUGUAUCUGAGUUUGCAAACAACGAAAGAAGAACAUCUGAAGACUUAUGGAUAAGUACAGCAUACCGGAGAAUAGUUCAAGCCAAUAUAGACUUAAUUUUAGUGAAGGGUGAUGCCUGUCCACAGCUUGUAAUGCAAUGUAUGCAUAGAAAUAUUCUUAUUAUUACUCAUAUAAAGCCGAAUAUUCUUCAGGCAUUUAGCGACUGCACAGGCGCAGAACAAGUGGCCUACCUCACACAGAUAAGUCACCAUAGCAUAGGCUGUGAGGUUUAUGCCAAAAUAUGUCCACAAUGGAGUUCAGAAUCAAGCCAAACAAUUGCUGUCAGCCUCCUUGCACACAGGAUGAAUCUGGUUACUGUCAUUCUAAGCUGCAGGCUGAUGCCCAAAAUGCAGGUGUUGGAAGAUCAGUAUUGGGCCUGCUCUUAUAAACUACAUAAUGCUCUUCUUGACCAAAAAGUGUUUCCUGGUGGUGGCGCAGUUGAACUUUUCUGUCUUAAUCAUCUUAGAAAGCUUGAAGAAAGGCUAAUAUCUGUUAGCUCUGUGAACAGGGAACCACAGUUCUUUACAUCAUCAUGGCUGUACACCUCUGCCAUCCAUUACAGAUCUUCUGUCUAUAGGUGCCUUGCCCAGGGCUGGAUUAAAUAUCUUUCAACUCUUCUUUUCAACAUUGGUGAAUAUUCUUCAGAAUUCGAAGCCAUGACUUUUAUACAGAAUGAAACCCAAAAGCUUGGUGCUUGCUCCUCUCCUUCUUUAUACUUAUUUAAUGAGUACUCCAGAAACGUUGUAUUUGUUGAUGACCUAGAACAUCCCCAAUUUGCACCUAGAAAGGUCAUGGUGUAUGAUAAUGUUAUUCCGAAGGUUGAGGCAUGGCGUAGUGCUGUGCAUCUCGUUCUCACUGUACUUCAGUCAGAUGCAGAGAUCAUUACAGGCUCUACCACUCAAAAACAGAUCAUUACUGGAGAAUCUGGACGUGGGGAUUAUGUGUUUCUCUGAUGUGUAUGUAUUGUGAUUAGACAAACGUAA